CCUUGGGAGUGUGUGGUCAGGUUCAGUGCUUCUGUCCUCUUAAAUUCCAGGCUAUUGGAUUCUUCUACACUAGGCCUGAUCCCACUAUUGGCCCUGUCAUCUAUGGGUCUUAAGUAAUGGACAUUCAUAGUCGGGAUUGCCUUAAAAUUCUAUACAAAUUCGUACAUUCGGCCUAGGAUGAAAGUGAACUAUGGUGUAGCCUGUCCCUGGACCCGAGAUCGGAUGCGGUGCUGCUCACUUCAUGACUUGGGCAGCGUUUGUUGGCACUGACCAAGUUUUCUUCUUUCGCUUCGCAUUAUUCUUCUCUUGCUUACCUGUGAACAUUGAUAGUAACUGAGUGUUGAAGGAAAUGAUCAAAUCUAACAUAGCGCAAGUAUGUGCAGAAAUCACACUCACGUUUAGAAGUGUCGUUGAGUUGAAAUAUAGUAAGUCAAUAUUUUGUGAAGAGUUAAAUGCUUCAAGUUCAGCUUCAUUGAUGUGUUGCGCUUCUAACAUUGGCAAUUAAUUCUUAUUGAGCUGUAGUUUUGUGAGGAAUCAAAGCCGUAACAAAUAACACGCAUUACAGUGUUCUAUCAAAUAAAUUUGUGACGGAAAAGGAACUCCUGAAUUUUAAUUUUCUUUAUAAAUCCAUUCGUUACCCAACAAUUCCAUUAUUGACUGGAAGUUUUCCCUUAGACAGUAUUGGACCGCAGGAAGCAGAUAGCCUACUUUGUGUACCAAAUGUCAUGAGAACUACGGAAAGAAGUUCUUAAAAAAUUGAUUUUGGCCUGUUUCCGAUUUUUCUCUGUCAUGGAAAAUUUGAGAAUUCGUGACUUCUCAUCAUCUUCCUUCCCGUUGGGUUCGCUGUAGGAAAUUUAGCAAGUUUAAACGUUUGACGUCGGAAUUCUAUUUUGAAAUCAAGAAGUGGAAACGGAUCUUCAAGUUACUGAAUCUUAAGUUGAGUGACAUCUGGCUAUCUGUCAAGUUCUGAUUCAAAUUCAUGACUCGUAUGUUACCACUUACCGCCAUCUUGAAGUGUUAAAUACUGUAAUUUCUUCCGACGAUUCAUUUGUGCCUCAUCUCUAUCAAGUGCAUUCGAUUACUUUCAAUAAAUUCGAUGUAAUUUGGGUCAACAAAAUUUUCCGUUUCUACCCAAUAAGUAUUCGAGAAAUUUAAAAACUGCACAACCAUUCAUCUGUUGACCUCAAAACAGUCAGAUCGCUCCACGCUACUAACCUCAUCUGGCCACGACUGCUGAACUUAGUUGACCAUCAGGUCGUUAGGGUUCGACGAAAAAUCUUCCAUCAAAGCGGCCAUGAAGUUAAGUCAGGCUGGUACGCGUUCUUCAUACUGCUCCCACUAAUUUUAAUAAUAACUUGAGAAGAUCAGUUUCUCUGGAAUCUUGGAGCGAAAACAUGAGUGAGAGGUCGAUUCACCAGCCGAUUCAGCUGCUGUACUGGCGCAUGUGUGUUCAUCUACAUUGUAAGCCCCCUGGAUUGCAAGGUUGUGUCUUUUGAAAACGGCUCCAAAAAGUCGGAAAAUAUUUCCUAUAAAAAUGUUCAUUAAAGGCUUGCGGUCAAACCAGGAGAUUUCGUAUGUUAGGUGUUAGCCUUAAUUUGUGCCAGUGAUAGUGAUAAGGGAAAUUUCGAACCGACUCUGAAAAGCAGGCAUUUUUUAAAGUUCUCUCUGCAUAUUCCCAUUAAUUCCUGACAAACCUGAAAAAUUCUGUCGUGAGAAUCUUUAAGUUUAUAAGUUCAACAAGAUACCGCCCCUGUCAAGCAGCUACAGCAUAACAACGUUGCGCGCUCUACGUUUCCACAACAUGUCCUCUACAUGACAGUAAUGGUUACCGCCUUGGUGGGUUGCCGCUGCCGAGGCGCGAGCGGUGACGUCAGCGGGCAGUUGUGGCAGCAGCAGCGCUGCCGAGCCAGGUGAGGUCUGGUGGGGCUCGCAGGGCUACGUGGGGCCAAUGGGAGGCAAGAAGGGGCCUCCUCUGCCGCCGGGGGCACAGGGGCCCUCCUCGCUCUUCAUCCUCUCAGACACAAACAUCUUCAGGAAAUACACCAAGUUCAUCAUCGAGUGGCCUCCAUUCGAGUACGCAGUGCUGCUGACCAUCAUCGCUAACUGCAUCGUGCUCGCCCUCGAGGAGCAUCUGCCGCUGAGCGACAAGACUGUUCUCGCCCAGGAGCUCGAGAAGACCGAGCCCUACUUCCUCUUCAUUUUCUGCAUUGAAUCUUCCCUGAAGAUAUUGGCCCUGGGCUUCGUGCUACACCCAAAUUCUUAUCUGAGAAACAUCUGGAACAUCAUGGAUUUUGUCGUCGUUGUCACAGGAUUCGUGACCCUCUCUAUGCAAGAGGACUUAGGGGUAGACUUGAGAACCCUGAGGGCUAUACGAGUGCUCAGGCCUCUAAAGCUAGUGUCUGGCAUACCGAGCCUUCAGGUGGUUCUCAAGUCGAUCAUCAAGGCGAUGGCCCCCCUGCUUCAAAUUGGCCUUCUCGUGCUCUUUGCUAUCGUCAUAUUUGCCAUCAUCGGACUCGAUUUUUAUUGUGGAGCCUUACAUAAAACCUGCUACAGCUUAGAAGAUCUCGAUGUUAUUAUUACGGAAGGAGAGGCUGCGACUCCGUGUUACGCAGACGGCUUGGAGAAUAGCAAUGAGACUACAUCUCCCUCAGGUGCCUUCUUAUGUGAUCCCUCAGUCUCUAUUUGUCUGGAGCGCUGGGACGGUCCUAACUUCGGCAUCACUUCUUUUGAUAACAUAGGCUUUGCCAUGCUGACUGUGUUCCAGUGUAUCACUCAGGAGGGAUGGACGUCUAUAUUAUACUGGACGAACGACUCCGUGGGAUCCACUUUUAACAUUUUCUACUUCGUGCCCUUGAUUGUCAUAGGAUCCUUCUUCAUGCUCAACCUUGUACUCGGCGUCUUGUCGGGAGAAUUUGCCAAAGAGAGAGAGCGUGUAGAGAACCGCCAGGAGUUUCUGAGACUACGUAGACAGCAGCAGCUAGAGAAAGAGUUGAAUGGCUAUGUAGAGUGGAUUUGUAAAGCUGAGGAAGUAAUUCUCGCUGAGGAGAGAACAACAGAUGAAGAGAAGGCUCAUAUAAUGGAAGCUCGGAGAAGAGCCGCCGCUAAACGCAAAAAGCUGAAGAAUUUGGGCAAAAGUAAAAGCACGGACACUGAUGAGGAGGACAACGAUAUCGAGGAGGAGGACGGGUUCGCUCGAACAUCGUACAACAAGAUGAGGAAGCAAGGCGCGUGCAAGGGAUUCUGGAAAGCUGAGAAAAGAUUUAGAUUUAGGAUCAGAAGAACCGUGAAGCAGCAGUGGUUCUACUGGUUUGUGAUCGUGUUGGUGUUCCUCAACACUGCCUGUGUAGCCUCUGAACACUACGCUCAGCCUCUCUGGUUGGCUGAUUUUUUAUAUUAUGCUGAAUAUGCUUUUUUAGGCCUUUUUUUAACGGAGAUGUUGGUGAAGAUAUACGCUCUAGGUCCAAGAAUAUACUUCGAGUCGUCUUUCAAUCGCUUCGACUGCGUCGUGAUCAGCGGCAGCAUUUUCGAGGUCAUCUGGUCCGGCAUCUAUGACGAGAGCUUCGGAUUUUCUGUCCUGCGAGCUCUCAGAUUACUUAGAAUAUUCAAAGUCACCAACUCUACUUACGGUCUUCCAGGUUUGUUUUUAAAUUUCAACCGCUUCGCCAUAGCUCUACUUACGGUCUUCCAGAUUUUGACUGGCGAGGACUGGAAUGAAGUAAUGUACCAAGGCAUCAAGUCACAAGGAGGUACCACCUCAACAGGCAUGAUCUACAGCAUGUACUUCAUCAUAUUGGUUGUGUUCGGCAACUACACGCUCCUCAACGUCUUCUUGGCCAUCGCCGUCGACAACUUGGCCAACGCUCAGGAGCUCACGGCUGCUGAGGAGGAAAAGGAAGAAGAAGACAAAGAGAAGCAGCAGGCGGAGAUGGAGAAGGAGCUGGAGGCACUGCAACAGAGUGCGGCUGGCGACGGCCCUCCUACGGUGGAGAUCAGUCCUCCGUCUCCACGAUCUGGAGAUGCCAAGAAGAUCGAUGCGUCGAAAGAUGCAGACCCUGACAUCGACUUUGCUGAUGAUUCUGGACUCGGACCAAGACCAAUGCUGCCUUACUCGUCCAUGUUCAUCCUCUCACCCACCAAUCCCAUUCGGCGAGCGGCUCACUGGGUUGUUAACCUGCGCUACUUCGACUUCUUCAUUAUGGUUGUGAUCAGCCUCUCCAGCAUGGCCCUGGCCUCUGAGGACCCCGUCGAGGAAGGCUCCAAGUGGAAUACGUAUCUUACGUACUUCGACUACGCCUUCACUGGAGUAUUUGCCGUAGAAAUGAUACUUAAGGUCGUUGAUUUAGGUGUCAUCUUCCACCCUGGCUCUUACCUGCGCGACUUGUGGAACAUCAUGGACUCCGUGGUUGUGAUAUGUGCUGCUGUAUCCUUCUGUUUCGACAUGAUGGGGAGCACCACGGGACAGAACCUAAGCACCAUCAAGUCCUUACGAGUGCUACGGGUACUCAGGCCUCUGAAGACCAUAAAGCGAGUACCCAAACUGAAGGCUGUGUUCGACUGUGUCGUCAACUCCCUCAAGAACGUCUUCAACAUCCUCAUCGUCUACAUACUAUUUCAGUUCAUAUUCGCCGUCAUCGCAGUGCAGCUUUUUAACGGGAAAUUCUUCUACUGCACUGACCUCAGCAUCAUGACUAAAGCAGAGUGCCAAGGGGAAUAUUUCUGGUACGACAACUACGACCAGCCGCCAGAGGUACGACCGCGGCAGUGGAAGCAGCAGAGUUUCCACUACGACAACGUCAUGUUCGCCAUGCUUACCCUUUUCGCCGUGCAGACCGGCGAGGGCUGGCCACAGGUUCUUCAAAACUCAAUGGCAGCUACGUACGAGAACCACGGCCCUCAGCCUCACUUCGCUAUCGAGAUGUCCAUCUUCUACAUCGUCUACUUCAUCGUCUUCCCUUUCUUCUUCGUCAACAUCUUCGUGGCUCUCAUCAUCAUCACAUUCCAGGAGCAGGGAGAGGCUGAACUCCAAGAUGGAGAACUCGACAAAAAUCAAAAAUCGUGCAUCGACUUCGCGAUCCAAGCCAAGCCUCUGGAGCGCUACAUGCCCAAGGAGCGCCUGAGUCUCAAGUACAAGACGUGGAAGGUGGUUGUGAGUACUCCGUUCGAGUACCUCAUCAUGACUCUCAUCGUACUCAACACCAUACUACUCAUGAUGAAGUUUCAUAAUCAGUCGAAGAUCUAUCAAAGGUCACUGCACUACCUCAACUCUUUCUUCACCGCGCUCUUUACCAUCGAAUGUAUGCUCAAGAUUUCGGCCUUUGGAAUCCGGAAUUAUUUCAAGGACAAUUGGAACACAUUCGACUUCAUAUGUGUCGUGGGAUCCAUUAUCGAUGCCCUCGUGGUCGAAUUUGGGUCGAAUAGCUACAUCAACUUGAGAUUCCUGCGACUCUUUCGCGCCGCCCGUCUCAUCAAACUCCUGAGACAAGGAGACACCAUACGCAUUCUCCUCUGGACUUUUAUACAGUCUUUUAAGGCUCUACCCUACGUCUGUUUGCUUAUUGUCAUUCUCUUCUUCAUCUACGCCAUCAUCGGCAUGCAGGUUUUUGGCAAUAUGAAAUUUGAUCCAGACACCGAUUUUAACAGACAUAACAACUUUCAGUCUUUCUUCGCAGCACUUUUACUCUUAUUUCGAUGCGCUACCGGCGAGAGCUGGCAGAGCAUCAUGCUGUCGUGCAUCGAUGGCGUACCCUGCGACCCCAGGGCGCUCGGUGACGACAAAGAAGAAACUUGCGGCUCCAAUAUAGCUUACGCUUACUUUGUCUCCUUCAUCUUCUUCUGCUCCUUCUUGAUGUUGAAUCUGUUUGUCGCCGUUAUUAUGGACAACUUCGACUACCUGACACGCGACUCCUCCAUCCUGGGUGCACAUCACCUCGAUGAGUACAUCAGAAUAUGGGCAGAAUACGAUCCUAAUGCCACAGGCCGCAUCCACUACACCGAGAUGUACGAGAUGCUACGCAACAUGGAUCCACCGCUCGGAUUCGGCAACAAGUGUCCGCACCGACUCGCCUACAAGAAGCUUAUCCGCAUGAACAUGCCCAUGGAUGAAAACUUGAAGGUGCACUUCACGACGACGCUGUUCGCGCUCAUCCGCGAGAACCUGGCCAUCAAGAUGCGCGCGCCGCACGAGAUGGACACGGCGGACUCGGAGCUGCGGCAGACCAUCAAGAAAAUCUGGCCCAUGCAGGCCAAAAAAGUCAUCGACCUCAUCAUCCCGCCUGAUGACCAGUUGGUUUACGAGAAGCUGACAGUGGGCAAGGUUUACGCUGCCCUCCUCAUCCUCGAGAACUGGAACACUACGCGCUUCGGACAAAUCCAACCCACCGGAACGAAGCCGAGUUUGUUUGCUCGCCUGAUGGGCAUAGCCGCGCCAACGGCGCCCGGCAGAAGCGCCCCUGCGUCGUCCAGGAAUUCGCUGGCGCAGGACGAAGAGGAGUCCUCGGCCACCAAGACUCGCCGUGCCAACAAUCCUCGCAAGCCCGGCCACGGCCCUCACCAUCACAUGGGUCUGGAGCUGGCCGAGGUGGUGCAGGCAGCAUCACGGCGAGGCUCGCUGGCGUCUGAAGACGGCGGCGCUCACGGCCUGUCGCACUUCGGCACGCCGCGGGGCAAACACUUGCGCCCUGACGAGUUCCCUAGCAGGUAUCCCAGGUCACGGUCUCCCUCCCCAGCCAGAGGCUUCCAAUCCCCAACAGUGCUACAUCGGCGAGCGAGAUCGCCGACGCCGAUUCGGCGCAGUCCUUCGCCGUCCCGCGCCGGCGCGCGCUACGACGCGCUCAGCGACGCCGUGUCGGACGUCGUGGACAUCUCCAAGCGAGGCAGACUGCGAGGACGUGGACCAAGUCCUCCAGGCCGAGGCGGAGAUUCUUUCUCAGGCCGAGCUUGGAACGCUCGCAACGUUCGGUCAGCAUCCAAUAGCCCAGACCGCUUCUACCAAACAACGCGUCUUGAUGCUCGUUCCCGCAGUCCAUCUCCUCAGAGCAGUCACGCCGCACGGCGUGGCAGGUUAUUACAUUAUUACGGCACAGCGUCACUGGAGAGACGGUCCCGCAGCCCUUCUCCUACCCACAGACAACGGGCUGGUAGCAGCUACCCUACGAUCCCUCAAAGAAGAGGCGGUGGCAGACGGUUACCCCAAACUCCCAACAAGCCAUCCACUCUGCAUCUUUUCUCGCAGAGACACACACUUCCCAAGUCUCCGGGUAGAGGCCAACCAAUCAAUUUCCCAAAACUGAACGCAUCCCCAACACAUAUUCCCAAGAUAGAUUUGCCUCCAAACCUCAGAGAACGUAGGACUCCACCACCUGUAGACGGGUGCGCGCGCCCUAGAAUACCUCCUACUGUGAAGGUUUUGCCCCCUGCGGGGCCCCGGCGACCUCCUAUCGCCCCCGUCCGUGAACAGUAUCCGUACGAGCGGCCUAUGCAGGAGCCACUGAGUUUCGAACAGGCGGUUGCCAUCGGCCGAGGUAGUCGACAGUUGCCGUCGCCAGCUGUGCCCAAUGGCUACAAGCCUGGCAGAGGUGGUGGUCCUUCCACUAGACUACCACUGCCUCCGCCAUCCCAGUCCAUAUUGCCUCCUCUUCCUUCCCAGCAACCAACGACCACUACGCCGAUUGUAGUAAGGCGUCCGCGACAUAGCGACAGCGACGAGGACGACUGGUGCUAGGGUUUGUGUGGAGCAAAGGCAGUCUACUCUAGUCAAUGCCUUUCAUCAGCUUUUUGGAUGCCACGAAUCAGCAAGCUCGCUAUUUUACGGCUAAUUACGGUGGACAGCUACAAGGAAAAGUUGACUCGAGAAACGCAUUUGCUAGGUAGUAAGUUUCUCCUUUGCUCCAUAUCCUAGAACCGUGCCAAUAAAGUCUGGCUAGCAAGUAAACAUCACAGUUCUAUAAGUUUCUUAUGAGUAGAGACGAGUCUAUCAAUAUUUAACAAUUAACAACUUUUUAAUCUUUCUCGUGAAUAGACUCACUGGAAGUACGGAUCUUUUCAGAGUUAAUUUUGUAUCAUAUCCGUUACAUGUGCUUUAUUUGAAAUACUACAAUUAUAAUAUUGAAUCUGUGAUAUUUAAAUGUCGCCGCCACCUUUAACCUCCUUAACGACUCUCUGUUGUAAUCAGUCAUGCAAUUUUCUCUUGCCCAUUUACCUGUGGUUAGUUUUUUGUGUGAUGAGUCACAACUAGCGGUUCUGAUAACAACUGUUCCAAAUUAGCACAAGUGUUCUAUGCUAAGUUUCUUCGUAGGAGCGAUCAUUGCGUAGCAGUAGCUAAAACGCUAGAUUUCCUAUUGAUUUAGAGAACUGCAACCCAUGCCAUCAUAUUGACAAUAUUCUAGAGAGACAUUCAUAAGCCACUCGACAGUGUUUUUGCUACCGCAUGAGACUGGCGAACCUUGUCGUUUUAUUCGUGAUGUUCGAAUUGCGAAGUAUUCAGAAAUGUGGGGUGUUGCUCUGGUCUGGGGCUACAAGGAAAUAAAAUUUUAACGAAUGUCAUUAAUUGAAGCCAAUUGAAUGUACAUUGUCCGUGAGUUACACAGACUAGGAUAAGGUGAGAAGCGAUUGCUAACCAUGAAGUAUUUGAUCGAGAUUUCGAAAGCUCAUGAACUUGCAAUUCAGGUUCUUCAUUUUCAGCUAUCGAAUUGAAUAUUUAUUUAGAAAAUUUAGAUAAAAUCUGUGUUGACUUACGCCCAUACUAGAUGGCUGCAGUGAAGUUAAAACCAAAUUGCGUCCAGUCUCAAGGGAUCAGAUACCGACGUGCACACCGCGUGCAGUUGUUUUAUGUAAGGUGUACUUCACGCGCAGCAUGUUUAGGUUAGGCAGGCAUACCUCGAGUGCAGUAUGAUUAGGUAUGACUGGCUGCUCGUGAGUUAUAGUAAGGCAAGAUAUACUUCAUGAACUUUAGGUUCAAUAACGACAUUCUUCACACACAGUGUAGUUGGGCAAGAUAUUAUCCAAGUGUAGCAUGGUAAGGCAAGAUUUGCUUCACAAGUGUUAUGGUUGAUCAUGAAUAACUCGAAGUGCAGUAUGGUUGGAUGAGGCAUCACGUAUGGUAUGGUUGCUCGAGGCGCAUUUCACGCUUUGUGUGGUUGGACGAGACGUUCUUAACCCUCUCCCGCCGUAUGUCACUCUCCGGGAACAUAAUUUACAACUUACAAGUUAAAUUAUACGUAAACUAUUGAGUGCAACAUGUUGUUAAACUAUUAUUUAGCAACCUGAGGACGUUUGUACGCAACAGAGAA